UUCCCCCUUUGGACUGAAAGGACCUUCCUUAGGGGCAGCAGGUGACAGACAAUCAGUAAGUGGCAGAUAUUAGCUCACUGCAACCCCAGUACCCUCGACCUAUGGGUGCACAGUACGGUCCUCACGAUAGCUAUAAUUACUCGCUUUCUGGAGUUGCCUCUACUUCCUCGAUUGCACAGGUGCAGUGGGAGCAUUGACUAAUAAGAGCAGCCAGCAGAUUCCUCCAGCAGCCAGGCAAGGUUUCCUUGUAAAUAGAAACACCUCAUUCCAUAGUUGACUGCUGUGUAAGGUAAGUUUGGAUGAAGGAAGAAAGAAAGGAAGUGCUCACACUUAAUACAAAUCUGUAGAUUCUCUCAAGGUAAACCAGGGACACAUCAGCAUCUUGGGACCUCAGGGAACCAGUGCUGCCCUUCCCCCUCCGUGUCCCUAGACCACAGGCAGCUAUUGACAAUGCAGCUCCUUCGUGUCCCUGGAGAUGGGCUGGAAGGGAGAUGUGAUCAUUUGUAUUCUGAAGAUGAAGGUGUGAGGCGUAGGCAGAGAAAUCAGUGCCGUCAAGGCCACACGGAGGUAGAGUGUGCGUGCGCUGGCUGCUUUCGCUAGCGACCUCUGUGGAUUAUACUCAUUAGUGGGAGGCUGCAUGCUCUCCCAGAUGAGCCACCCCAGGCUCAAGAGUACAAAUCGGCUGCAGCUAAACUGAGAGCAGCCGAUUUCCAGAUCCACGUGACUAAAUCCGGUUACUUCUGGCAAAGGAAGAGUGAAUGCUGGUCUGCUUUAUAAGCAAAGGAACAGAAGAGAGGCCACACACGGAUGGUCGGCACCUCCUUCCAAAGCUGUGGAGGUCCUGCAGGCUUGACAGCUGCCAGGUUUAAUUAAAUCAAACUCUGUGAGCCAUAUUGAACGAGUGAGUCAAUCCGAGGGUGGAGCCGAGAGCCACACCGAGUGUGUGAUACAUGAAAAUGAUCAAAGCUAAGAUGGGCCAGUGUCUGGAGUCCACAGGGCUGCUUGGGAGCCUAAGGACAGCCUGGUGAGAGAGACUUCAAAGAGGAUGUCCUGAUGUGCCCAAGCCAGGUGACAGCAACCAGGCUUCUGAGGACACAGUCUCUGGAGUGGUUCUACAACAAUGUGAAAAGCCGCUUCAAGCGCUUUGGCAGUGCCAAGGUCCUGAAGAACCUGUACAGAAAACACCGUCUGGAGAGCGGUGCCUGCUUCGACAUCCUAGGAGGAGGAUUGUUUGAACCAAACCUGGAGAAUGAAGGGAGCAUUUCAGGAAGUGACUCCACGUUCUACAGGCAGUCAGAAGGGCACAGCAUGAUGGACACCUUGGCUGUGGCCCUACGAGUGGCAGAAGAGGCCAUCGAGGAGGCCAUUUCCAAAGCAGAAUCCCAUGGGGACAGCCUGGACAAACAGAACGAGGCCAGCUACCUGCGGGACCACAAGCAAGAGCUAACUGAGGAGCUGGCCGGCACCAUCCUGCAGAGGAUUAUAAGAAAGCAGAAGGAUAAAGCUGAGCUGCGAGCUGAGGAGGAGGAGCCAGAGUGGCCACGGUCCCAGAGUGGCAGUGUGAAGGCCAGGGGUGAGGGGACCACGGCCCCUCCAGGACGACACAAAGCACGUGCCACCUUCAGGCGGUCCCAGUCUGCAUUCUCCUUCACUAUGGAAGAUGCUCUGAAGUCUGGUUCAGCAGAGGCUGCACCAAGGUCACCCAAGGACCGCGCCCAGCGUCUGCUGGAGGAGGCCGCUCUGCCCAGCUGGAGGAGCAUGGAUGGACUGGACGGAACAAACCUGGCCCCACUUUUGCAGAGCCCCGAUGGGAACUGGAUGACCUUGAAGGACGGUAGUAGACAGCCCCCAACCCGCCUGCUGACCAAACCGAAGAGUGGGACCUUUCAGGCCCUGGAGGUGGCGUCCAGUGUGACGUCUGCCUAUGAUGAGAUCGGUUCCGACAGUGAGGAAGACUUUGAUUACAGCGAAGCCUUGAGUAAGCUGUGCCCACCGUCCCAGAGCAGGCUCAAGCAACCCCAGCCUCAGCCUACACAGGCCCAGAGUUCUGGCCAAGGUCCCUUAGCCACCUCUCCCUCAAACCCUGAGGCCAUGUGCUCGGAUUCAGAGACAUCUUCCACCAGCUCAUCUCGGGAAGCUGGCUGCCGGGCUAAGCUGUCCUGGCUGCAGAGGAAGGCCCCCAAGAACCCCGCAGUGGAGAAGAUGCCCCUCCAGGGAGAACUGGACGUCAAUUUCAACCCUCAGGCAGCCGGUGGAGAGACUUCCGACAGUAGCGAUCCAGAGGAGACCCUCCGCACUGCAGAGCGCCGGGCCAGGAGGUGGAGAAGGGCACGAGUGGGCCCCGAGGAGUCAAACAGGGGUCUGCCUUCACCUGGUGCCCAUCCACGGGCACUGCACACGGCUCAGGUGUCAGACAACGUGUCAGAGACUGACAUCAGCAACGAGACUCAGAAUUCCCGGUCCAGCACGGACUCAGUAGAGGAGAAGCUGAGAAAUAGACUGUAUGAGUUAGCCAUGAAAAUGAGCGAAAAGGAGACUUCUUCUGGGGAGGACCAGGAGUCCGAGUCCAAGGCGGAACCUAAGAACCAGAAGGGAAGUCUCUCUUCUGAGGAGAACAACCAGGGUGUCCAGGAGGAGCUGAAGAAGAAGUGUUCUGCUGUUUCUCUCUGCAACAUCUCCACAGAAGUCCUGAAGGUCAUCAAUGCUACCGAGGAGUUGAUCGCAGAGUCUGCAGGGCCCUGGGAGAUCCCCCCAGUCUCCACUGACAGAGAAAACGGGAUGUUUCCUCUUGGGACAGACCAAGUGAGACUGGACAAGCAGCUGACGUCCUUGGAAGAAAACGUGUACCUGGCAGCGGGCACCGUGUAUGGGCUGGAGGGCCAGCUGAGUGAGCUGGAAGACGCUGCCCGCUGCAUCCACAGCAGCACUGGCGAGACGGAGCUGGCAGACCUGGAGGACCAGGUGGCUGCAGCUGCAGCCCAGGUGCACCACGCCGAACUCCAGAUCUCGGACAUCGAGAGCCGCAUUUCAGCCCUGACCAUCGCUGGCUUAAACAUAGCACCGUGUGUGCGUCUCACACGAAGACGGGACCAGAAGCAAAGGAGCCAGGUACAAACUAUAGACACGUCGAGGCAGCAGAGGAGGAAACUGCCUGCCCCUCCUGUGAAAGCUGAAAAAAUCGAAGCAUCUUCCGUGACCCCCAUUAAGACAUUCAACCGCAACUUCCUUCUCCAAGGCUCCUCCACAAACAGGCCCACAGCAAGUACCGGUGACACCAAGGACUUGAUGGAGCCUGAUCUGGAGUCAGCUGUGAUGUACUAAAGCAGGACUCCACACACAGCCAGUGACCCACUGCCUCCGGCCGUACACGACAGUGCCUUGACCCAACAGCCAUCGAGUACUGUGUGGAUUUCCACUGAGGCGAGGGCCUGGGAGGGCUGGGUGAGGGGGCUGCAGUGCACUGCUGCACCGGGCUGUCUUGAUACCUCACCCAGAAGGCCGUCUCAGCCCGCAACACUGAGGUCUCGCCCACUCUCUGCCUUAGGCUCCCAAGGGAAUUUGAGACCGAAUAUCCAGAUGCUGGCUUCCAAUAGCAGAGCUCUGUGUUCAGAAGAUGCAUUGUGCCUGUUUAAUUUUGCUCCUCUGUGCUGUCUUUACCAGCCCCGUGUGUUUUUAAUCCCUUUAAUCCCCAUCAACAGUUCAUCCUACAGAAAACUGCUGGAGAGGAGCUGGGGGCUAGGAAGGUGGGGAUCACUACCAUCACUUAGUCGUGCUUAUCACCUCCUAACCGAUGCUAAGAGCAGGGGGCACUAGAAACAGUCUCAUUUGGAAAAUGCUUGGCCACCUCCAGCUAAGCCCCCAGCCCCGUGCCUCUGUCCUCCCCGUUGCUUGGCCGCCACUAAAGGAAAAGCUCUGAUCCACCGAUGCCAUACCCGGGUCUCUCUGAAACCAUGUCUUAUUCUCAAUUUGGGGUUCUUGCAUGGAUUUACUCAGGGGGAGAGGGGCCUAAGGGACGAUGUCACUAUUAAUCUAAGAUAAAGGAUACUGUUCAGAGUCAAGGUGAUAUAUGGCUUGGUCACGAAUGAGCUAUUGUAAAAUAGAACUACACAAGAAAAGUGUUCUAUCCUCUAAAAGAUAUCUCCUGCCAAAUUCAACAAGAUUCCGAAUGACAGCCAUGAUAAAGGUGGUCAGCAACCCCACCCCCUUAAGAGAAAAUCAGUGUGAACGGUGAGGGGCGCAGAGCUGACCCUCACCCCAAGUUCACUGUGUUUCAGGGCAGGGGCUGAAAUAAAUGCAUGAGUAUCUAAAGUGUGUCCAUGCACACAAUAAGACUGACCCCAUGCUGGUCUCGCUGGGUGCCUGCAGCAUGUUUUUAACGUUGGUUUCUGGGAUUUUCUGAAUCAUAGGGUGUGAUGGGGAGAGGGUAGAGGAGGGAGGCGCGGGGGAGGGGGUGGCCAUUAGGUGCUGGUUCUGGAGGGCACAGUGUGUCCAGUUUUGUCUAGUCUCUUCUCUCUUCCGGUUUUCCAGAAGUCCCAUAACUAAAGGUCAGACCAGUGAACUUGCUGAAGCCAGGCGUGUGAGCUGGUUCUAACUGGAGUGCCCCCCACCCCCAGAAGCCAGCCCUGUCUUCACUUCCAAGUUCUCUGGUUCUCCUAUGCAUCCUCAGAUUGGAUUGAACCGCCCUCCCUGUGUCCUCCCUGUGUCCUCCCUGUGUCCUCCCUCCUUGUUUGCCAUUGCUGCUGAUGGGGGUCCUUGUGUCUUCCUAUGAUGCUCCUGCUGAUGUUUGUGUCAGGACUCCAUGGAAAAAGUAAACCUUUGGUGUUUUAUCCAGUGGGUGUGGUUCACACUAAAACAAAGUUUAAAAAACACAACAAAAAGAUCUGACUUUCAAACAGGACGUUUUUUUCUUUAAGAGGCACGAGGCUGCCUUUGUGCUACCAGUGUUAAAAUACUCAGUUGUUUUUUUUUGACAAAGCGUGUACUGUGUAAGCCUUGCAAAAAAUAAUAAUAAGAGCAACAACAACAACAACGAAGAAAAAGCCUGUUCUAUGGCGUUCGAACUUUUGUAAAAGGUUUCCUUGUGCCAAAUAAGUACAAAGAUUUAAUUUACUAUUUAAACCAUAAACAUACUAUAGUUCCAGAAAUUAUUUUGUCAUCAGUGAUUUUGAUCUUUAGUGUCAAUAUUUAUAUUUAGAUUAAUUUUUAUAAAUGAAAUAUUUUGAUGGUCUAAGAAAAUGAGGACAGGAAGGAUGCGAUCUCUGACGGCUUCUCGAUGCCUUCAUGUCUCACACACUCGGCCAAGAAUCACUGUCAAGAGAAACGACCACGGCCAAGCAGUAAAGUCACCUGUGAAAACAGUCUGCGUGUACGUGGUGUUUAUUUAUUAUUUUAUGUAUUCACUUAUUUUGGUGAGAAGAGUCUAGGAGUCUCUGUCCCUGCCUACCCUCUAGUUGUACUAGAUACAAGCCUGUUCUCUUUCUCUAGUGAAAUAAGGCAGUUUCCCAACCACCCGUCCUCUCUGGAGGUAGGACCAGCAUCUCUGAAGGUGGGAUCAGUUCUGAGUUUUGCCCUUGCCCCUACCUUACAGAUAUUUAGACGACAUCUAGCCUCUCUGUCGCUCCAUCUGUCUGUCUACACUAUAUAUCUAUAACUCUAGGUGUGUGUGCAUGCGAGGGUGUACACUAGCAUGUGUCGGUACGUGCACCUGCAUGUAGAGGUCAGAGGUCGAUGUCAGUGUCUUCGUCAACCACUCUCCACCUUACUUUUUGAAGUAAGGUCUCCAGGGAACCUGGAACUCCCUCAUUGGGCUAGACUGGCUGACCAGCAAACUCUGGGAAAUCAACCUGCCUGUCUCUCUGUGUCCCCCAGUGCUGAGUUAGAGGUGUGGACCUACAUGUUGGCUUUUUGCUUUUCUUACUUGGGGGUUGGGAAUCUGGACUCAGAUCCUCACACCUGCACUGUAUUUUGCUGACACACCCACCUCGCCAGCCCGUGUGGAUGCUUUGGCUAAUGCCACCAGAGGAUUCUGCUACUCAUAGCAGGGGUCGCACCAAGCAACAGACAUUGCACGGGGUGACACCCACAGCAGAGAAAGAUCUCCCCCAGACCCCUCACACUGCUGAGAAUAAGAACCCUGAGUUGGUUAGACCCUGGAGGUUAACCCACAUGUCGGUGGGGAGUCCCUUGUCUGCUCCUGAUGACACUGUGAAUUGUCACUCCUCCCACCAUUUUGCAGGCUUAGGUUGUCACAAUCACAAAUGGGAGUAGAAACCCUCUACUAAUCUGGAAUAAACAAUUGUAUGGAAAUACAAACACCAACAACCUCAUCCAUCCAGAGCACUGCUGUAAUAUAGCUGUUUCCUCAAGGUCGAACCUUUCUGGAAGGGCAGAAAGCUUUGUGAGAACUGUAUAAGACACAUGUGUCCCCUCUAAGGUUUUGCCAGCUGUAAACUGUUGCUGGGAGAGAAGAGGCUCUUGCGUGGAGCCUACAGGUAGUGCCAGGUACUCCAGCAAUACAGCUCUCUCAGCCGUCACCCAUGAGGCGGCGUGUCUUGAUAAGUAACUCCUCACCCGUGUUCCAACAAGUGUCCCCAAUAAACUCACUGAGUCACCAAGCUG